AUGAAGAGAUCGAGGACACCUAAUACAAACCAAAGCAACAAAAGGAGAAGGGCAAGGGGCAGAAACUCCGCUACAAGUGGUAACUCAGCAAGUGAUGAUAAUUCCCACUAUGAAUCAGAUGGAUUAAGCAGUAUUAAAAUACAUCCUCUCUUACAGCCGCUCGCACAUGGGUCCGAACUCAAUUCAGAGGAUGAGGAUAUCACUCCCAAGAAGCUGAAGAACCCCAUCAGGUCCAGUAACUGGAAAUCGAAAAGUGGUUUUCUUCUCAAUCCAUAUAUUGACCAAAACGACAUAUCGUUGGAGCCACGACGAAGAAAGGCAUUAGGCACGAUUAACGAGCCCGGAAAAUAUAUCCGGCAGGCCGAGGACCUGCGUGAGGAGAUUAGGGCAAAGGAGGAGAAAAGGAAAAGGGAGAAAAGGUUGAAGGAACUCAACUUGAUACCUGAUGAAUCAAAGGGAGAGCAGUAUUAUGUGCCACCGAUGCCUCCACGAGUAGAGUGGUGGGAUGAGCCACUUCUGGAUGGCAAGAGCUACGAUACUGCUGUAUCACAAUUGGACAGUAUGGCCUACAAGGACCCGAUGAACGAAAACAAUCCAAUCACAAUAUAUAUUCAGCAUCCAGUGCCAAUCCCGGCACCUUGGGAAAAGCAUGAAAAACUAGAAACCAUGCCGAUAUAUCUUACCAAGAAGGAGCAGAAAAGGCUGCGGAGAAAUGAGAGACUCAAGAAGUUGAAGGAGGAGCAGGAUAAAGUCAAGCUUGGGCUUCAACCAGCACCUGCACCCAAGAUUAAGCUUAAGAAUCUAGUGAAUGUUCUUACGAAUGAAACGAUUAAGAACCCCACAGAGGUUGAAGAGAGGGUUAGAAGAGAAAUGGCAGAGAGGCAGCGUAAGCACGAGCGGGAAAAUGAGGAAAGGGCACUCACGAAAGAGCAAAAAGCUGAAAAAUUCGUGAAUAAGUUGGCGGCAGACAGACAGAGUGGCAUAUACAGCUGUGUUUUCCGUAUUGGGCGUCUUGUGAGCCCCAAGAGCAAGUACAAGGUGGAUGUCAAUGCCAAAGAGUGGGAAUUGGUCGGCGUCUGCUUGAGUGAAGCUGAUGGAAUGAGCGUUGUUGUAGUUGAAGGUGGUCGGCGAGCAGUAACAAAGUACAAAAAGUUGAUGCUUCGCCGAAUAAAGUGGACCGAGAACGAGCGACCCAAGCGACGGGUCGAUUCUGCCUCCGGGGACGAUGCAGAUGCAGAAAAGCCGCUUGAGGAUCUCAGCGGCAACAAGUGCGUACUGCUUUGGGAAGGUGAACUUGCAGAGUACCAUUUUCGGAAAUGGAGCAUGUACCAGGUGGAAAACGAUCAAGGUGCUUUAGAAACAAUGGCAAGAUUCCACUUGCAGAACUACUGGGUACAGGCGAAGGAAAUCGGCUGA